AUGGCACCCAGCCAUGUCUGCCCUACUCUAAACAGAGGGUUGCAGGAAUUCGCAAAGGCUGCACGUGCAGAUGUGGCACGCCGAAGGCGUGGCUUGCAUCACAAGUCGCUCGGGCUCAGUAUGCGGUUGCAACAGCAGUGCCAACAGCUGCCAGCUUUGCGACUGUUAUUCGUUUGCAUUGUUUUGUGGGCUUCGGGGCCCAUAGCCGCUGGUCAGGUCACCAAUGUACAGUUUUAUGAUGAAGACCCAGCGUGGUUUCAACUUGCUGGAUCUAUCAGUUGGGAUCCGCCGGCAGAUGUGACCGGCAUAGACCACUAUCUCGUUCACCCUGCAUGUAGUCCAGAUCUUACCUUCGAAGCUGCCAACAAUCCCGGCGGUGAACCUCUUAUCGUGCAUUACGGCGCCGGUGGCACCCUGCAGGAUGUUCCAGUUGGAACGAACUCAAUUCGUGGUGUCAGUGGGAGCAAUGACUAUUUCUUCAAGGCUUGCAGUGGCACCCAGUUCCAGAAUCCCUGGGCGGCGUACUUCGUCGUUGCCACGAUGACUGAUCAGAAUGUGGCAACAUCAUACGGAGUCAGCCACUGUUACGAUUACAGGGAUGCAGCCAAUGGUGGCACCGUCCCCGAUCCACCGCCGCUGUUGUUCGGCAGCUUCGCUGAUACGGAUCCGGAUGCUGGCGAGGUCGGAGGCACCUUGACAUGGACGGUCGAUGGAACGUACAAUUAUGGAACUUAUGACUUUACAAUGUUGUCAGACUACGCGAUCUAUUUGGCGCUGGAUACCGGCGGCACCGGUGGUUUCGAACUUGCGACAGUACAACCUGGAUCGCUUAGUUACACUAUUCCAGACAACACGGAUCAGCAAACGGCGACAUGUCUCCUGAUGUAUGGACAGAACAGGCUCGGUCUCUCUGCAACGCCGUCGUUUUCCCACUGCUUUGAAGCCGCCUCCGGGAGCUUCACCAGUACGACGGUAACUUCAGUGACGUCGACGACCAGCCUUACGGUCACCAACACCAUCGACCCAACCCAGGACUGGUCCCUGCAAAACUCAGCUUCACUAGGUUAG